AAUUAUAGGCGCCGAGAUAAGAGCGAAUAUUUAACUCCCAGGGGAGACACUUUCACAUAUAAACUGGCAGGGCCGUGUCUAAGGUACAGGAUGGGUAUCAAGACUAUCAGUACUGCCUUGUUACAACAUAGCACUCUCACCUGAGCGCCGUGAACAUGCAGACGUCACAAAAUGGGACUGCCACACCUAUCCCGGUGGUACUAACUUUGGGACUUAUGUUUAAAAAACAUUCCACUAUUACUUCUGAAUUCCUGUAGUAGUUGUUUUAUGAAGUUAUAACAUGUGUUAUCGAAGUUGAUGAAGGCGAUCACUCGUAUUUGUGGAUUACAUCAGGAGACAGCACGUGCGUGUCAUAAGGAGACGUACUUCAAAUCCCAUAAGGUGAGCUGUGUACUUCAGUAAGAAAAAGACAGGUUAGACGCAGCAAAACUGGUUUUAUGUUCCAAGGAAAUUGUCUUCAAUUAAUGUAAAGCUUUACAUUUUAGGACCAAAAUAAACUUUCAACAUUCGACAUAUACAUAGCUAUUUAUUAUUGGAAAAUUUCAGAGGAUUAAAACUCAACAAUGGCGAAUAUUAAUUUCACUUCGAAACCAAUGGAAGGGAGUACGAGGUUUUCGAACGAUAGUUUUUGUUAUUUUAAUGUGUCAGGGAACUGUUCUAACGUCACGGAACAGUAUGACCUCAUACAUCCGGUACCACAGAUCGUCGUACCCAUCCUAUUCGCCAUUCUCAUGUUGACGGGUGUCGUGGGUAACGGGACUCUCAUCUAUACUGUUCUUCGGAACAAAUCCAUGCGGAACGUUCCCAAUAUUCUUAUAGUGAAUUUAUCAGCCGGAGACUUGUUACUGUUGUUAAUGUCAGCGCCGUUUUCGGCGACAGUCUUUAUUCUGGAGUCGUAUCCUUUUGGGGAGUUGAUAUGUAAGAUGAACGAGUACCUGCAGACCUUGUCCGCCGGAGUAUCAAUUCUUACUCUCACCGCCCUAAGCGGCGACCGCUACGUCGCCAUCAUGUAUCCGAUGAGCAAGCACAAGGGAAAGCCCACAUUAAAGACAUCAAUCGCCGUGGCGUUCAUUUGGAUAAUUUCCGCCAUUUUUGCUAUUCCGGAUGCCAUCAGUUUUAACAUCCAGUAUAUGGGGGUAUAUUACUGUCAGGCUUACCCUUACGUUUGGCGCGAGUGGUACGGUAAAACUCACUGUCUGUUCCGCUUCUUCACUCUCUUCUUGAUCCCUCUCAUUAUCAUCGGCACGUUCUACUGCCUAAUGGCGCGAAUCCUCGUCAAGAGCAGUCGUCAGAUGCCAUGUGAGGCUACAAAGGGACCGGGGCAGAGUCAACAACAGCAACGCCAGAUCGAGGCUCGAAUGAAGGUGGCUCGCGUGGUACUGUCGUUCGUACUGCUGUUCGUCGUGUGCUGGCUGCCUCGCCACAUCUAUCUCCUCUGGUUCCACUGGGGCACAUCGGAUUUCAGCGACUUCUGGGUAUGGUUCAAACUUUUCGGAUUUUGUCUGACCUAUGUUUACUCAUGCGUCAACCCGUACGCACUUUACUUCCUGAGCAGUCAAUUCCGGAAGUAUUAUAACCGCUACCUGUUCCGGUGUUGUCCGAAGUCGUAUCGACUGCGGGACUCGAACGGUUCCGGACUACAAAGCUACAGUACCGUUCGGAGGGGCAGCACUUCCCUCACCAUGGUCAAAUCCAACUCGGAAAUGUGACUAUGUAUGUGCUCUUACCGUCGGCGGUAACCUGUCACGUGACACUUGCCCGUUUCAGGACUUUGGUAUGUAGACUUUGACUAUCAGGUCUAAUUAUUUCAUACCACCGGAGGUACUCUGACACAAUCAAAACUUAACUUAAGUUAGAGGUAAUAGUGCUUUGUUAACGUCUUAACCGGCAAUGUUUGCCUCCUCUGCCACGCCAUUGGACUAGGAUGUAAUGGCGGAUUGUACAAACCAAGUGAUUUCUUUAUUAUCAGCGGUCCAAAACAACUGUGUGCUGGCAAUGGCUUUACUGCAACCAAUUAUAGGGCUAAUCAAAUUUAAUACAUUUUUGACUAUAUAUUAUUCCCGGGGAAUAUGUUGAAUUCGUCCAAGAAUUAUAACUGUACCGUUAUUUGUUAUACAUCUAAAUGUCGGAGAUAAACAACUCUGCCAAAAUUAGCCAUUUUAUUGUUGUGGUACGUCUGGACCAAGUGAUGUUUCGUUUGUAGUGUGUGAUUGUUGAACAUUUUUGAUCUAUGAUAUUUGUGAAUACAAUACUCACUCAAAGCCUCGAACGUCCUCGUGAAGACCACUGUUCAGUUCGUACGGACCAUAGGACAGCUCGAACGGACCGCAGGACCGCUUGUACGGUCCAUAACACAUUGUCCGCGUAUGAACCACUGGACAUACACCCGGCGUCUGUUAUGGGGUCCCACUGUACAGAAGGCUAGCGUUGGGUGUCGCAAACUGCUUUUUAAAUGUGUGUCUAACAUGUCGGGAAGUAAAAUGAGAAGUCCACAUAUCACUGGUGUAUUUGACAGAGGUACCGAGAGGAACAGUCGUGUUUUAUAAUCGGGAUUGGUUAAUUUUCACACGGAUCGGUUCUGAAGUACCGUCAUCGUUCAUGGUAUGUUCAACACUGGGUCAGUCACUGAGAAAACACUCACUCUAACUUUUCUGUGUUUACAAAACAAUUUAUUGUAUAACAUGCGUCUUACAGACAUUGUAUGUUUAAUGAUAUCGCCUUCAACCGUAACAAAAAAAACUAUUUUUAAACCAAUGUAUAACAAUAUACACACACUUAAGAACGGCAGCUUAAUGUUAGUAAGGAUGACAAACGGACAAGAAUAGAACUGUUCUUUUCUCAGUCUCAGCUCAUUUUAUUAUAUGUAUGCACAAAUAAUAAUGUGACAUUAAAACACCGUCUAAUGCCGUCACAUAGAACGAGGCAUUCAAUACUAGGAGCGAGUUAGAUACGGACAGGAAACUACAAAUUGUCGAUAUUGUUUUUAUAUAUUUAACUUUAUAAACUGACACCCUAUAAAUAUAUUGAUAUAUCCGUUCAUUUAUCUGUAUUUUAGAACAAUAAAACAUUCAGUAACAUUCAAUUUUAUCAAAUAUUAUAACGUACAGUACUUACACGGGAAACUUGGUAUAAGAUUAAAUAUGUUCCAUUUCGUUACAAGUAUAUACAUGUAAUAUAUCAUAGCGUAGAUUAUACACAUCGUCAAUAAAAUAAACACAUUAUGAGUCACAAUUAUUGAUAUACAAUGUAGUUGUGUGGAUUAACAAGAACUAAUUUUAGAAACGAUAAACGGCAGAGUUCUGAUGUUGGGAUUAUAAAGUUGAAAGCGGCCAUGUAGGUAUAAUAUAUUGGUAAAAACAUCUUCUCUUACAAUAGGAAAUUUGUAAAAUAAUUUGACAUUGAUUGUGAAUGUUAUUGGAAGAUUUAGUGAUAUUGAGAAACAUCGUUAUUUACUCAAAUAUUUUACAAGUUAACAUCUGAUUUACGCAUACUACAAGCAAAAAAUUACCAGGAAGUAAUUCGGUUCAUACGACGCACUUGACUGUGCAGCGUAGGAACUACCUUUUCCUUUCAAACUGCGGGAGUCUGCACGUACACCCACGUUUCCGUACUUACACAUGAGAUGUUUUUGAUUCUUUUAACAAAGAUAGUUGUUGUAUGAUAAUAACAUUAAAUUCGCAUAAUGGACAUAAAUGUAUAAAUUAAGGAAAUGUCUUUUAUAUUUCGGUGCUCUUUUAAAAUCAAAUUCGUUUCACUUUUUACCUCAAAUCUGUUUUUUUAUAAACCGAUUCUCUGGUCAAUACAGUGAUACGAUCCUACCCGUGGCGCCACCUAGCGCGUCAUGAAAUAUGGAGAGUUUCCCAGCUAAACGAGGCGAAUCUCAAUUCGAACUUAAACAAAUCUGUCGAAAAAAACCUUAUGCGAGUUAUUUUUACACCUAUCGCUUAAAAACAUGAUAACACUCUCAGACAUAUCAUUAAAACUCUCCUUCCAUAUACAUAUACAUUCUGCUUUUCGAAUCAAUUGAUAUUUUAAUAAAAAAAAAUCUCAAUUUGCGGCUUCCAUUCUAUCUAUUGAAAUAAUUAUUUCGUGUAUUUGCUCUCUGUCCAUGAUCAGGAGCUGACAGUGUGUGUUUUCGCACACACUCUGUCUGAUAAUGAUGAAGGGUGUUUUCUCGGGCGGCUCGCCCACUAGUAUACAGGUUCGUUAUUGUACUGUGGUGUAGAUACACUUGUUAUAUAGUCGGUGUACCUUUAUACAGAAAAUGGUCUGAAUAAAAUGUCGUUAUACA